AGCUGCUGUAAACUUGGCGUUUCCGGUCUGAAGGUCGAACAAAAUCAACAGGAGUUAACAGCUAGCAAAUAGUUAUCCGUUAACGUGUGAACUCGUCGGUUUUUCACGGUAAGCGGGAACUGACAACUUCCGGUCGCGGUUUGAACAAAGCCAUCGUCUCCGGAUAACCGGGUGAUGCUAACGUGCUACGGUGCUACGCAUCCAGGGGUGCCGAUGGUUAGCUGCUAGCCUAACCGAGCAGAAGUAUUCCCUGUUAUCGCUUAGCCCUGUUAGCCGUUAGCUGUUAGCUGUUAGCUGUUAGCAUGCAGUGUGUUAACGUUGUGAGGAAGAGAAGCGUGGAAGCGGAAGUGGAUCCUUGGAGCUGCAGACCGAAGCGAGUGUGUUUUGGGGCGGAGCUCCAGAUGACUGAGUGUCCAAUGGAAACGUCCCACACCUUUACAGUGCCCAAUCAGCAGCCAGAACAGCAGGUCCGUGUGGGUCGGCCCAGAUCUCCUCGGCUCUGCUGCUCUCGGUGUCUCGGAGGAGAACCAGGUCACAUCAACCACAUCAUGGGCCUCUGAGGGGGGGCGUCUUCACUCCUGCCUGAUGAUGUAAUUGUGAGCACGCCCACUGAAAGGACCAAUCAGCUGCCUUUAGUCUCUAAUGAUCCUUUCAGCCACUCGUCAUGUGCUUCCUCAGCAAAACGCACACAGUCCAACAUCCAGUCCUGUACUUUUAUUCUGAAUAAAACACAAUUUGUGGUUAGCUUGUUAGCGUAGCGUACACAUCGUGAGCAGCAUGAGACCUCCUCACGUCACGUCCAACUCCAAAUCCAAGGGAUCAUGAACAUUUUUGCUAAUUUAGAUUUUCAUGUCAAUGUGGUUUUAAUGUUUGAAGUCAGAGACCAGAAGCCUCUGAAGGUUGUUUUUUUUAACUUUAACUUGUUUAAGGCACCUUUACUAAAUCCUGAUGUUUUUAUCAAACUCCUUUUUAAAGGUUUAAGGCAUUUUUUUAAGGGAAAUAUUAAUGUUGAUUGUUCUUGAAGUCUGAAAUCUUCCACUUUGUAGAUUUAUAUUUGAGCUUUUUAUAUCCUGCAGCAGGUUUUUAUUAAUGUAACUUUUUAAUGACAUUUCCAGUUCUGACCAAUCAGUGUGCACCAUUUGUACCGCAGACGGAUUUAAAAAUAAACCUUUUACUCAAACUUCAGAU